AUCUAGCACUUGAAAAUGAGUUUUCAACAUUUCUUGUUGCAAAAUUAAGUUUAUUAAUUUUUGUGGGAAGUUAUUUUCGGUACGGGCGUUAUAAUGUCGGAAAAGAAACGAGGAGGGAGUUUUCGAAAGAUAUUCCCAAAUAUAUUUUUUUCACGAAAAGACAAACAUAGUACUACUGAAAUUGAACAAAAAUUAAACCACGGCAGUGGCUCCAGCCAAAGUAAUAAAUAUUACACCCCACGUUCGAUUAUAGAACGAAAAGAUGCAUAUCAAGAUGCUGAGAAUAGUGAAAGAAUAUAUGAAAAUCUCAAAUUGGUGAAUCCUCCUAUUCAAAAUAAUGAAACAAUUAGUAAUUAUUCAUCCAGUAGCACGUUAGUUUCUAAUAAUUUAAAAUUUAGACAUCACUACAACGCUACGGAAGAUGUAAAAUCCAAAUAUAUGGCUCGUCCUCAAGUGCCUCCGAAGCCUCAAAAUGAAGUGACCUGUGGUUCGCCGAAGUGUAGUAGAGUUCAAGAAAAUGCGAGAAAACCAGGUUAUCCUGAUGUCUAUUAUCAUUCGGUAGAAAAGUUAGCAGACAAAAUAUCUCCUAUGGAUGAAAUAGAAAUCUAUCGCGCGUCACAGGUUCGAUCUCAUCCAGCAUCCGUCGGAGCUGAGAUUAAGAAAGUUAGCACAAAAUUUCUUAUAUCACCAAAAAAGGAAGCCGAAGUGCGAACUAUACAACCGACGAGAGCCCGAAGCCUCUCAUUCGAUAAGAAUAAUCCCGACAAGGAGGAGAAAAAAGAUAUUGUAAAUAAUAAUGUUAUUGAAAAGCCAUAUAAUUAUUCCGCUCCGACAUCGCCCAUAGCUACUUACCACAAAGUUCCCAAUAUGCCCACCACCGUAUCGCCGUAUGAACACGUUAGAAAAACAAUGAUCGAGGUCGAGGAAAAGCGCAACUCGAUGAGCAGAACCAGCUCCCGAAAUAAAUCAACACCUUCUCCCGUACCGAAAUCUCCUUUGCCCAAACGAGACGAUUCUCUCAAGAAAGAGAAAACCAGACAACAAGUUGAAGCGUUCUACUGGCACAAAAUAAAGGAGUUAAAACAGCAGGAAGACGAAUAUCUUUUGCAGCAGUCGAUUAUAAAUUCUGCAAAUUCGAAAGUUUCGUAUACGAACUCCGCUCGCAGCACUCCGAGUUCACUAAUAAUAGAUUCGCGUACUAGUAGUUUACAACGUGGAGCCGCAAGCCCUAGUUUCAAUCCACAAGUUUAUGCAUCCUCACCGUUCACUAGAGGAGCACCUGAGCGACGGACCGACUCAUUCAUUAAUUCUCGAGUGUCAUAUGCGGAUUCGGAUAUAACGUACAGACAUCCCGGCAAUUUGUACUCGCCCACAUCGUCCAUCUCCAAAUAUCCAAUGACAUAUCAGAGAGGAUCAUUAUACGAGAAAAAUAUCAAUCAGACCCCCAAAAAUGAUACAGUUUGCCAUGAUCAAAGGUCAAGAAAGAACGAAGCAUUAAAAUUUGAUUUCUCGAAAACGGGAAACACUUCGCAGGCUUCCAAUGAAAUGAAAUACGCCAAGGGCCCACCACAACCACCCGUGAGGACCACGAGUGUGCCGAUGGGGAGAAAUUUCAAAGUCGUAAACAAUAAGAAAAUCUUUUUUAGUAAUUCUCUGUGCUCAGAAUCGGAGAGUGGUUCAGAAGCCGGAGAAAUACAAAGAAUUAUGUGGAGUACGCCGAACAAAGAAGAAGAUUGGCAGGGAGACUCAAGAAUUGAUGGUGGUCUAUCCGAUGGGGAGGCUGGUCGGGGGCCUCGCGGUCGCGGAUCCCGUCGAGACGACCCUCGUAGGCACACGCUGGCCGGCAACCACCUGUACAUGCACCAGCACCACCCGGGACACAUCAGCACCAUCGAUGUUGAACGGACGGGCCCGGCUAUGAGCAUACCGGAAUACGCCACAGUCAACAAGUGUCGCGACAUGAAGCGAAUUUUUGACCCCCGCGGUGGAAAGCCGCCCCUGCCUCGCUACCCGCAGCCAAACAACGCGUUGCUCUUCGACGAUGACCCUGGAGUCAUGUCGGAGGUGGAGACCUCCUCCACCGGCUUCCGGAGGGGAGGGAAGCAGAGGUCCUCCCUGCCCGUCGUGAGGACGCCGAGCAAGACGCUCGAGAGGCCUCUUGGUCUGGUGUUCCUGCAAUAUAGAAACGAAACGAAACGCGCCUUACUACCGAACGAGAUAACUUCUAUAGACACAGUCAAAGCUCUCUUCGUUAGGAGUUUUCCGAAGCAGCUGACUAUGCAGUACAUGGACAGCCCUCUCGUCAAGAUAUACAUACAUGACUCGUCUAAAGACAUGUUCUAUGAACUAGAAGAUGUGAGGGCCCAUCUCCGGGACAUCCGUGAUCGGUCCGUGCUGCGGCUGUUCGAGUCCACGGACAUCGGCGGCGGUGUGUUCCCAGGGUCGGUGGGCGCCGGCUCCGUGUCCAUGCCGAGCGGAGUCGCCACCUGUUCCAACGCCAGCUGGGACCAGGACCAGAGCUACUUCAGUGAACCUGAAAUAGACUCGGAUUAUCACCACCAACACGUACACAAGACCAAGGUAAAAGCUCCGGCGUACUACAUGGGCACUGGUGCGCCGAGCACUUUGCCUCGCGGUGGAUCUCUGCUUCGAGCAUUUUCUCCUGCCGCUCCACCGGUGCCAGCCGAUCGUGUGAAAACUAUUCCACCUCCAGGUGCGCCGUCCAAACCGGUGCGAUCCUACAUCCCUGGCAGCGGCUCGGAGCGGUGUUUCCCCUUCGCUGCUGCGGAAUGCCCCCGCGGUACCGACCAUCUCUAUACUUUCCCUGCACACACUAGCGACGGCUACAUGUCGUCUCCGGAGCGCGCGCCUCGAGCCCCCUACGAGGACCCCUACUAUACCCAGUUCUUGGGCCAGGGGGCAGGUAGACCGACUAUCACGCCCGUCAUCGACGAGGAGGCUAAUGAAACCGUCAUAAUAGACGAUGCGUAUCAGAUGUACGGGGUAGCCCCUCCCAUAACAACUGCUCCUCGACCUAUGCCUCGUCCCCCAUAUGAUGCCAGGCUGGGGCCACCUGUAGACGACAUGCAGCGUCUUCGCGUCGAGAAAAUGGAAAGGCAGCUCGCCAAUCUUACAGGAUUAGUCCAAAAGGCACUACAAGCUCCUGGCACUUCGGCACCAGCCGCUGCCCCGAGGCAGGACUACCAGCCCUACCCACCGGCCAGACCUGCCACCCAAGAUGCCGCACGAUUUGCCAGCAACGAGAGACCUCCCAAAUUAGGGAGAGACAGAUUUCAAAAGUCAGUGUCUUUUGAGAAAUCGGUAUCAUUUAGCGAUGACCCACCAGACAUGAACUCUCCCAAACAGCAUUCGCCGCAGCAUUCAGCCGAUACAAAACCAACAAAACCGGCAAUCAAGUCAUCUACCUUGCCGAGGACGUCGUCACAAGAGCGCGAUCGUCUAAAGCCUGCUCCGCCACCAAAGCCAGCUGGAUUAGUUGGCCAGCAAAUGGCUCUAGCUCCCCAAAGAUCGUGCACGCUCAAUGUGAAUUCUGAUUUCUUCAAUCAGCUCCGUAUUCUUCAGAAACAAAGUCACGAUCUUCGAAUUGAGACUCGCAAUCUUCGACGAUCGACUUUGUCUCACUCGAUCCAAAUGCGGCAGAUGAUGGCUGACACUAUCGUAAAGAUAGGAGCUAUAGCAGCGAGCUUCACCAAUGGAGAUCCUGACUCGCAACUGACACGCGAAGAGGAAAUCUACAGGCAGGAUAUGCUCCUUCUUGAAAACGAUCUGUAUGAAUUAGAAGCUACGGUUGAACGUCUGCGUGGGCAAGCUGCUAAUCGUGAGACUCGCGUGAAUAUGGCUGAUAUAGAGCGCAUCGCUAUGGUGCUUUCGAAGAGCAGCAAAACCGUGGCCGAUUGGAAACUAAAGUUCCCCAUACUUCAGGACACCAUGAAAGCUAAACUUGCUGCUGAAAUGGAAAAGGUUGUUCGCAAGGAGAAAAUGCUAGAAGAAGAGCCGGAACGUUUGGAACUGGCUUUGCGCCGUUGCAAAAAGUUGACUGGCACUCUUGUCACGCUAAAAAGACUGGCUUGCGUGCAAGAGCAGAGGCUCCCUAUAACGGACGGGAGGGUUUCUCCUUCCUCUUCUCAAAGCUCCACCAUCACGGCAGGACCCUCCUCUGAAGAAUAUCAAUCUGAAAAUGCUUGUCACCUAAACCAAAACAACAAGGGUGUCGUCGGGCGAGUCGCCGCAGCCAGACUCGGAGGAGGAGAGCUGCGGCCGGAGAACGCCCUCGACGCGCUACUAGACGAGCUGCAGACGUUCCAGAAGCCCCCGGGCCGCGGCGACGGGCCGCUCCGGCGCCUGCACUCUUACCCCAGCGGCAGCGACACCGACGCCUCCCCGCCAGUCCGCGCGCGCGGCCAGCACCCGCCCAAGCCGCCCGUGCCCGAGCGCCAUCCCGAGCUGCUCGCGCUGGCCGCCCGCCGCGCCCCGCCGCCGCCGCCGCCCCGCACCACCUCCAAGUCCCCCCUAGCCUCCCCCACCUCCCCGUCCUCGCCCCCCGAGGACGACGAGAAGGCCGCCUCCCGCCAGGCGAUCCUGGAGCAGCGCCACCAAGAACUCCUCAAGAAGCAGCGAGCCCUCCAGGAGCAGUACGCCCGUCUCCAGAUGAUCCAGCGAAGCGGGUCCGCCCUCCCCGUGAACGCGCAGCCCGACCUCAAGAAGACCGGCAGCGAAUCGAAUCUACUGAGCAAAAUGAAUCUGAACUUGACCACUACGAAUAUAUCGGGGAGCAUGACCCACUUGGCCGGGGAGUGCGACAGGAGCAAAUGCGAACUGCAAGCCGAAAUGCUGAACGGCUCUGACGCAGUGUCGACGACUAACAAAGUUUACGAGACUGACAUACUGUGACCGUGUAGCUCCUGCUUCAUAUCUGUAUAAUUUGGUUACCUCUAAUGUCGUCGGAAAUCUCGAAUAUUGAAAACUUUUACCUUUUUGAAAUCACUCUACACCUGGCACACAUCAUCACCCAUCCUAUCGCGCAUCGGGGCUCUCUAACGACGACGUACGCGUACUGAAAACGUGGUUUCCCGUUUACAAAGAACCGACACGGCUGGCAUACCGGAACAUGAUCGAGUCAUUAAUGUAGUAGUUAGUAUAUUGGUGUCAGCUAUGUAUUAACUAGCCCCUUACUAAGUCCCCAACUAGACUUUACUUGUGGUUGAAGGAAUUGCGAUAAAUAUUGGGUCUAAUUUUUUUAAAACAUAAAUGUUACCUUUUUGUUAUCACUUUGAAAUUAUAUUUUUUUUAU